AAAGAAUGUAAGUACAAUACAUUUAUAGUCAUUAAAAUAAAACUUUAAUAUAAUGUACAGGUAUUGGCUUUCAAGCUCGCUGAUUUCGAAGGAAUACAAAAACUACUUAUUCUCGUUUGACCAAACAGUAAACAAUAGUAAAUAUGAGGGCAAUCUUAUACCAUUCGAACAGCAGUCCGCCGUCACGGGCUGUCAAGAUGGUCGCCGGCAUCCUGAAAGUACAGUUAGAAGAAAGAUAUCUUAACCCGGUGGCGAGGGACCAGGACACACCAGAGUUAAUCGAGAAGAAUCCUAUGAGAUCUAUACCUAUGCUAGACGAAGGAGACUAUUGGAUAGCCGACAGUCACGCUAUAAUUGUGUAUCUUUUUGAAAAAUACGCAAAACCUGAGCAGCAACAUCUGUACCCCUCUGACAUUCGAAAACGCGCCACGAUCAACCAGCGAAUGUAUUUCGAAUGUGGUAUAUUGUUUCCCAGGCUUCGAUCUGUAAUGUCUAACUUUCAGGCCCCAACAUUCUGGGGAAAGCUGACAGAGCUCUCGAAGUCCAUGAAGUCCAACAUAGAGGACGCGUACCGCACGCUGGAAGCCUAUUUGUCUCGCAACCUGUACGUGGCAGACGACGUAUUGACAUUGGCAGACAUAAGCAUAGUUACCACGGUGUCGACGAUGGACGGCAUCUACUCUGUUGAUGGCAAAAGGUAUCCAAAGUUAAAGCAGUGGUUGCAGACGAUGUCGCAGAAGGAUUUCUGUCAAAAAUACAACGAGCCAGGAAGGGAGGAGCUGGUUACCGUGCUUGUUACUAUGAUGGACAACAACAAGCACAAUCAGCGAGCGAAACUUUAAUAUAUGUUGUUGUAGGUACAAACCUAUGUGCACACAAAGGACGCGAAGUCCUCUGUGCGUCAAAAAAACCGUGGAAAACCAUGAACGUCAUAAAACAUUCACAUAAUCAUUUGUGAACGUCGUCCUACAGAAGUAUAUUCGUAGGAAUACCAGCGACGCGCAUACAUAUUAAAAUACAGCCCCUUAAUCACGGCCAUAUUUUGUCGCAGUUUUGUCAACGCCUGUCAAUGAACAACAUCUUGCUCGUGUUUUGCGUGUACCAAAGUAAAUAAUCAAUUAAAUAUAAAAGGAAGUGGUAACUUGGUAUUGAUUACUACACUUAUGUUAAAGUGGUGUGGAAAUGUAUAUAAAACACAAUUUAUAAGAA